AUGCAACCAGCAUUGUUUUUCGAGUUAGAGUUAGUAAGAGCCAAAGAGUCCUUUGCAUAUAGACGUCCCAAUUUGUUCUUCAACGAGGUGAUUACUCCACUUGUGGCAGCCAUCCGUUCCAAAUCUUGGCAAUGCGUGGAGCAUCUACUCAAGGCAGGUGUUGAUCCAAAUGGUGGACCAGGUGGAGUAAAAGCUCUCCCAUUUGCAGCUGAAGUGGGGAUAAUACAAAUCAUCAAGCUACUGGUUAAAGCUGGUGCAGAUCCAAAUGUUACCGAUAUUGUAAGCUAUAGGUAUUUUGUGUCUGUGUUCACUUACUGGACAUGACAUCUCCUGUUCCAUCAUAUGCGGACUGGAGCGUUGAUGGAUUAAUGAAGCAUUCAGAUUCUGGAA